UCUCCAAGACUCAUCUGAAAUAAUGAAGACUGUUAGAUCCAUACCAUUUCUUGUUUUCUUCAGCUACAUUAAAUGUCAGACUCUUCAGAGAAGUUUUCUAGAUGCAGGUAGGGAAUUCUGUUUAUAAUCUAUACAUCCCAUGUGCCAGGAGAUGAGGCUUAAUAACUACCGACAUAAACAUGGAACUGCUUAUCUUUCUCAUGUGCAUCUCUGUCAAGAAGUCAUUGAGAAUGGCUGUAACUUAACUUGUGGAAUGGAUACAGAAAGAGAAUUCAUGUAUUAAGGCGACAUAGACAGGAAGAUAUCAUUUUCAUCUUAUUUCCACUCUAGGUGAGAGAAUGAUGUAUUUCAAACUUGUAUUUAAAAUGGGAUAAAUGAUUUUAGAUAGAGCAAUUGUGUUUCUAGUAGCAAGAACAAUACUGUGAGCUACAUUAUUCGGUACCUACUAUGUGCCAGGCGCUAUGCUCAAGGUUUCACAUGUUGGCUUUUGUUUAAUCCUAACAACCAUCCAAUGUAGUAGAAGUUGUUUACAUUUGAUAGAGAAACAGAAACUGAGUGUGGACAUUAUAUUACCAAGGCCAUAUUAAGUAUCAGAGCUAGAAAUUGAGUUCAGAAUAACUGUCUCCAAAGCUUUCCCCUAUUAAUAGAGCAAAUAAUAAAGGUUUCUUUAUGAAGUAGAUAGCUGCUAAGCUCUUCAGGUGCUAUUGAUAUAAGAAGGAAGACACUGUUUUCAGCAGAGUGUGGUUUGCGUAUGUGGUGAACGGAGGUGAUGAAGGUGAUGAGUGAAUCCAAGCCAUGCAGCACAUUAAUAGACAGAAUUCUCUAGAGGACAACUUAAGAGAUGCUGUCCUGUUUCAGCACCAGCAUUAUGGUUGCACAGUUUCUUCAGAAACUGGCUUAUGAAGAAGUACAAACCAUAGUUAAAGAGUUGCUACCUCUUGCAGAGCAAUGUAAGGAUCUCAAGUCACAUGAAUCACCUUCAGAAUGCUGUCACCAACUGAUGACUACCUUCCUAGGGCAUAUUUGCAAUAACCAAGGAAUGGCUGGAAAACAUGUAUUUUAUGACUGUUGCAAUAUAAAUAACACAGCGAGCCACAGGUGUUUCCUCUUACACAAAAAAGAUGAUGCAGCUUACAGUGAUAUAUUCCACAUUUCAAAUCCUGAGCAGAUCUGUGGGUUGGACAAAGAGAAUCGAAUGUCAGUGAAAGAGAGGUACAUUUAUGAAAUUUCUAGAAAGCAUCCAUUCUUGUAUGGACCCACUAUUUUGACCAUGUCUGCUUGCUACAAAACAGCUGUUCAGUCAUGCUGCCAAGAAGAAAAUAAGACUGAAUGCUUCCAGAUAAAGCUGCAACCCAUCAAAAAGUAUGUUAGAGAAAUAUCUUUGAGGCAUCACCAUUUAUGUGAAAUUGGAAUUAAAUUCAACCACAAAGUAGCAAAAGCAGUGGAAUUAGUUCUGUUGGCUAAAAAACUGCCUAAAGCUAACUUUUCUGAAAUUGCCAAACUGGCCAUGGAUAUUCAAAGUCUGCAUCAGAUCUGUUGUGAAGGAAAUUCGGUAGCAUGUGUGCUUGGCAGGAGAUGGCUUAUGAACUAUAUCUGCUCCAAACAGGCAGUCCUAUCCAGCAAGUUUGCACCAUGCUGUGAACUGCCAGAGCCAUUCCGAGGGGAAUGCAUUAUCACCUCAGAAAAUGAUGACACACCUGACCUUUCACCCCUGCCACUCAGCAGGUUUACAGAAGAUCCGUUUAUAUGCAAACAAACCCCUGCCAAGCAAGAUGACUCCCUGCAAGAGUUUCUUUAUGAAUAUUCAAGAAGACACCCAGAGUUGGCUGUUCCAGUGAUUUUAAGAGUGGAUACAGUGUAUCAAAACUUACUGGGAAAAUGCUGUAAAUUAGAAAAUCCUCUGGAAUGCUACAGCCAUGGGGAGGAGAUAUUCCAAAGAGUGGUUCAUGACAGCCAUGAGCGUGUAAAAAAUCUGUGUGAUUUACGUGAGAAAUUAGGAGAUCGUAGCUUCCAUGACAGGCUCAUAGUGCUUUAUACAAAGAAAGCCCCACAGCUAUCUACUCAAGAGUUGGUUGUAUUCACGAAGAACAUGGCAGCUGCUGCCUCCAAAUGUUGUCCACUGAAUGAUGAGCUACAGCUCGCUUGCAUGGAGGACUCGGCAAAGCUAAUGCUUGGAGCUUUAUGCAGAAGACACGAGACAGAGCCUAUCAAUGCUGGCGUGGGUCACUGCUGUGACGACUCAUAUGCCUUCCGGAAGCCUUGCUUUGAUGAUCUUCAAGUCGAUGGAACUUACAUUUCUCCACCUUUAUCCUGUGACAAAGUCAUCAACCUUAAAGAGGACUUGUGCAAAGCUCAAGAGCAGGAAUUCCAAACUGAGAAGCAAAGGUUCCUCAGCCACCUUGUGAAACAGAAACCACAUGCAGCUGAGAUGAAGUUCCAGUCAAUUAUUGUGGAUUUUGCUCAUCUGGUGGAGAGGUGCUGCCAAGCAGAGAAAAGUGAAAUGUGUUUCCAAAAAGAGGGGUCCAAACUGAUCGAAAAGUGCCAGUCUCUUUUGGGAAGCUAAUUGACCCCAGAAGAUGUCAAUGUAGGAUCCUUGCUGAAUUAUGUUUUUUUUUUUUCCAGCAAAAAUGAAAUGCAUGGCUAAUAUUCAAACUGAGAAUCAACAUCAUUUUUCAGCUAUUCACAGUUACUCAAGAACACUAGUCAGUCUUCACUACAUCUCUCCUUUCCUCUCCAGUACAGAAAUCCACUUAUUGUAACUCUCAUACCCACUUUCCUUCCUCCUUUCUCCUCAUAAGCUUUCUACAUCUCAGAAACAGCAAUAGAAACAUGAACCAAGGGGCCUUUUGAAAGCCUCGGGUGGAUGCAAUGGGUUCUCCAUGAACCUGGGACCUGACCACUGGGUUUCUGGAGUGAAAAAGACCCCAAGUGCUACCUGGAUUUUCUGUCUACAUCACUGCUGAACAUGGUUAUUGAUGAGCUGAAAGAAAUGUGUUUUAUAAUACAGUUACCAUCAUAACUGUAUCUUCUUUCACCUUUCCCCUUGAUAUGUGAUAUUGACAUUGUCACCAAGGAGUCCUGAAGUAUUUAGUUUAACUUGAAUUUUCAGCAUUGAUUCGUAAUAGUAGUCUUUUCCCUGGAAAUUCUGGCAUAAAUGACACAAAGAGCUUAUUAUUUGGACUUACUUUUCCAGAUCUUUUCUGUGUUUAAUGAAGUAAAAAUUAGCAGUGAUGUUUAGGAAGCAGUGAUAUACUGCUUGGAGUAUUUUUUGAUCGGAGAACAUGCUUAGUUGAUUAUAGGGCUCUUGAUUUCAGUUUUCCCUCACUCCAGUAAUUUCAACCUGUUCAUGUACAUUUGCAAAUUAAAUCCAGUGAACACUUUAAGUAUCUAUUGUGUUCAAUACACUGUGCUAGAUGCUGCAGGGGAUAAUAUGAAUAUGCCAUGAUCCGAUCACUAAUGAAUUUAUUCAAGAUAUAAACACAUACGGAAUGAUAAGAAUAGGGAGAUUUUGCAUUUCCAGUGUCACAAGAGCAGGGCUAACUGAUAAUGUGGAACACAGGGAACUGAGAGCACAUACUGUCACAGUGACCAGGAAAGCUCACGACAGAAGUGAUCUGGUCAAUAGCUAGAAAAUGGCAUGGUUUCAACAGAUAGAUGUAGUAGAGUGUGCACCUGAAUGGUGAGGGAUUCAUUUGGGUGGGUUUUGAGACAAGAACGAAGUAUUUGUGGGUGGUAAGACUUAGUGAAAGCCUAGGUUACAAUGCCAGGUGGGGACAUCCUGCAGCUUAUUUAUAACAAUAGCUAAUAUUUAUCACACAUUUCUUAUGUGCAAAAGGUCAGCCUUUAAACCUAUUAUUCCUGUAACUCCUACAGUUGUCUAAUGAAGAAGGUAUUAUUAUUCUUAUUUUACAAAUGAAGACACAAAGAAGGCCAUUUGAGGGUUUGUAGUUUAGGAUGAGGGCAUAUAUUUUAGAGGUUAAUUAAGAGUGUGGAUUCUGGAGCUGUAAGUUUCAAACCCUACCUCGAUCUGUUGCUAAAGAGCUUAGUAAAUCUCCUGACUUCUCCAUGGAUCACUGUUUUCAUCUUUAAAAUCAGGUUGAAAGACUAAUUUUCUCAUGGGAGUGUAAAGAACAUUAAAUGAGCUGAUGUAUGUAAGGCACGUAAAAUAGUGCUUAGCAAAUAGUAAAUGCUGUUAGUUUGAACAAUAUGAAAUUGCUGCUUAUUUAGGUCAAAUAUGAACAAUUUCAAAUGGCUAAUAGGUUAGCCAUUAUUAAAAGAAAAAUGGAUGCUGUUGAAGGGUUUGCCCUAUUGAAUUGCAUCCUAUUCUUUUCCUUCCUUGCACAUGUAGAUAUCUCAAUAUAAUAGAUAUCGUGCCAUCUUUUUGACCUCAUCAACUGCUUUGUAAAUGGACUUUCCCCUUCACCUCCUGUGGCAUAUGGAAGUUCCUAGGCUGGGGGUCCAAUCGUAGCUGCAACAGCUCAUGGCACUCCAGAUCCUUAACACACUGAACGAGGCAGAGAUUGAACCUAAAGCUAGGGAUUGAACGCAUGUUCUCAUGGAUACCAGUAGGGUUUGUUACUGCUGAGCCAUGGUGGGAACUCCUCCCCUUCAGCUCUUGAAGUCAAUCUGAACAGCCCUAAACAAAUUUCCAUAGUAAUGCUGCCUAAAUGAAUAUUUCACACAGCUUAAAGUUAAUAAAAUACACCACCAUAUUGGUGAAAACCAUAUAGAAAAGAUUCCUUAUUUCUUUGGCUACUGGAUCAAAUUUGCGAAAAAGGAGGCAUAUAUAUACAAGGAAUUUAAAAAACAUUUCAGAUCAUUUAUUUGCUCAUUCUUUUAUUCAUUCAUUAAUUCAUUCAGUCCUUUAUUCAACCGAUUUUUAUUGAGCACAUCCCAUAUACAGUAUACAAUAUUAAGAAUGGCAAAGUAUACAAAGAUGAAUGGGACAGGUCCUCUAUCCCUAAUAAAUACAACAUAUUACCUAGAAUUGAAUUUGAACUAAUAUAUAACUGGUAAUGAAAUACUUGAACCACCCAAACAAUAAAUGGUUUUAUGACAAAAGUUUAUAUUCUUAUAUUAUGCAAAGAUGACUGAAAGGAAUGGAUUUUUGUCUCAGAAAUUAUAUCUUAUUUAUUGCUAUAUAGCAAAUUAUCCUGAAAUGUAGCAGCAUACUAUAAUAUACAUUUCUUAUCUCACACAUUUUCUGAGGAUCAGGAAUCCAGGAGUGGUUUAGCUGGGUUUUCUGGCCCAGGGUCUCUCAUGAAAUCGUCGUCAAACUAUUAGACAGUGCUGCAGUCAUCUGAAGGCUUGACCAGGGCUGGCAGAUGACUCACUCACAUGGCUGUGGACAGGAGCCUCAGUUCCUUGUUGGCUUUUGGCAGAAAUUCUCAGUCCCUAUCAUUAUAAGCCUUUUCCCUGGGCUGCUCUGAACAUGGCAGUUGGUUUCCCCCAGAGCAAGCAAACCAAGAGAACAAGCAAGGAGGAUGCUACAGUGACUUUUAUGACUUAAUCUCCAGAGUCCACACACAUCACUUCUGCUUUCCUUUGUUCCUUAGAAUUAAGUCACUAAGCCCAGCCCUUUGGCAAAGUGAGAAGGAUUAGGCUCCAUCUCUUGAGAGGAGGAGUAUCAAAGACUUUAUAGAUACAUUUUAUUUUAUUUUAUUUAUUUUAUUUGCUUUUUAAGGCCACAUGUCUACAUAUGGAAGUUACCAGGCUAGGGGUCAAAUCGGAGCUGCAGAUCCUGGCCUACACCACAGCCACAGCAAUGUCAGAUCCAAGCUGCAUCUGUGACCUACACCACAGCUCAUGGCAACACUGGGUCCUUAAUCUACUGAGUGAGGCCAGGGAUCAAACCUGCGUCCUCAUGGAUUCUAGUUGGGUUCGUUACCACUGAGCCACAGUGGGAACUCCCCAUAGAUAUAUUUUAAAACUACCACAGUAGUGAUGUUAAUGUCUCAUUUGAAUAUUAAAAAUUUUUUUUUUCAUCUCGUAGAACUCUAUGCUUGCAUGUACUUGCUAAUUUUUUUUGUGGGUAACUUUUUAAUAAAAAAUUUUCUAUUUCCUUGUUUAAAAAGUAAUACAUGUUAAUUGUAGAAUAUUUAAUAAGUAUAGAAAAAUACAAAAAAUAUAAAUCACACAUAAUUCUACAAACCAGGCAUAACCACAUUUGACAUGUUGUUUUGGUUUAUAAUGUGUAUGUACAAAUAGUACACACACAUAUAUAAACAUAUAUCUAUAUAUCUCAUGGGUAAUACAUGUUAAAACAUUUUAGUGUAUAUUCUUAUCUAGCUACAUAGGAGAAAUAACUUAUAAUUAAAAUUUGUUUGAAAACAAUCCUAAGUGCUUCAUAACAUGCUAUGGGUAAAUGUUUCUUUCCUUCUUUAAUCUUUUCUAUUUUUCGACAUUAGACUAUUUGCUUCCUUUUAUCACAACAAAUAAUGAUCUUGUUUACAUAGUGUCUUUAUACAUCUGAAUAUUUCCAACAUAAGAUCCUACAAUUACAGGAUGAACUUACUACCAAAAUUGCUUUCAAGGAACAUUAUAUCUAUUUGUAUUUUUAUCAGCAAUUUAAGUUCCUAUCACACUGUAAUCUGUUGAGUAUUUAAUAUUAUACCUUCUUAAUUUUUUAAUAGACCAAAAAGGAUAUUUCACUUUCA